CUUGCCCCCGCACCGCCGCCCAGCCCCAGCCCCGGCACCCGCCUGCCCCCGGUGCUCCGGUAACGGCCCCCGCUGUGCGCCCCCGCCACCCCGGUGACGGCCCCCGGCGCUCUCCUCAUCCCGCCAUGCGCCCCGGUGCCGCUGAGCGUGGAGGAGAUGGCGGAGCUGUACCGGGAGCUGAGCCGGCACCCGGGGCUCAGCGCUGCCUGCCUCGGUCCCGACAUCACCACCCAGUACGGGGGCAAGUACUGCAGCCUCUACACCGAGUGGUCGCAGCGGGACUUGGCACGGGCUGAGAACAUCAAGUUCUGCCGCCAGUACCUGAUCUUCCACGAUGGGGCCUCCGUUGUCUACUCGGGGCCCGCUGGCACCUGCUCCGAGAUCAAGGACGAGCUGCUGAGCCGCGAGUCCCCCAGUGGGGCACUGAAGGCUGUCCUGCGUAAGGUCCCCGGCAAGGAGAAGGAGAAGGAGAAACAGUUCCUGGAGGUCUGGGAUCAGAACCGCAAGGUGAAGAGCAUUGACCUGACAGCGCUGGACAAGCACAGCAGUGUCUACGAUGACGACCAGUUUGGCUGCCUGGCAUGGUCGCACUCGGAGACCCACCUGCUUUACGUGGCGGAAAAGAAGCGUCCCAAGGCCGAGUCCUUCUUCCAGAGCAAAGCCCCUGAGCUGGGCACCUCCGAUGAGGACACAGGGCACCCCAAGAAGGAGGAUGCACCCCUCAAGGGCGAGCAGUUUGUGUACCACGAGGACUGGGGAGAAACGCUGAGCACUCGCAGCGUGCCCGUCCUCUGCAUCCUGGACAUCGAGGGCAACAGCGUCUCGGUGCUGGAGGGCAUCCCGGAGCACCUCUCCCCUGGCCAGGCUUUCUGGUCCCCCGGCGACACUGGAGUGGUGUUUGUGGGCUGGUGGCACGAGCCCUUCCGCCUGGGGCUGCGGCACUGCACCAACCGCCGGUCAGCACUCUUCUACGUGGACUUGACAAGCGGGAGAUGCGAGCUGCUCUCUGAGGACACCAGGGCCGUGUGGUCCCCACGGCUCAGCCCUGACCACUGCCGUAUCAUCUACCUGGAGAAUGAUGCCCUGGGACCCCACCAGCAGUGCAGCCGCCUCCGCAUGUACGACUGGUACACCAAACACACCAGCACGGUGCUGGAGACUGUGCCACGGCAGGCAUGGGGCGCCUUCCCAGGCAUCUACUGUGGUGCUUUGCCGGGGCUGUGCUGGGCAGCUGACAGCCGCAGGCUCGUGCUGGAUACAACCCAGCGCAGCCAGCAGGAUGUGUUCGUAGUGGACACAGUGACGGGUGCCACGACCUCGCUGACAGCCGAUGCCCCCCAGGGAAGCUGGUCUGUCCUCACCAUCGACCGGGACCUCUUGGUGGCCAGGUUCUCCACCCCUAGCUGCCCCCACACACUGAAAGUGGCUGUCCUGCCCAAUGCUGGCCAGGAGGCGCAGGCACGCUGGGUCUGCCUGCAGGAUGCACCCCCUGUGCCCGGCAUCAGCUGGGGCAUCCGCACCCUGCAGCCCCUGCCGGAGCAGGAGCACCCCCAGUAUGGGGGCCUGGACUUUGAUGCCAUCCUGCUGCACCCAAGCGAGGGCUCUGCUGCCCAGAAGCCCCCCCUAGUUGUGAUGCCCCAUGGGGGUCCCCACUCCGUCUUCACGGCCAGCUGGAUGCUGUACCCAGCAGCACUCUGCCGCCUGGGCUUUGCUGUGCUGCUGGUGAAUUACCGCGGCUCCCUGGGCUUUGGCCAGGACAGCGUGGCCUCCCUGCCAGGCAAUGUGGGCACACAGGACGUGCGUGAUGUGCAGCUCUGCGUGGAGCGGGUGCUGCAGGAGGAGACGCUGGAUGCUGGUCGGGUGGCACUGGUGGGUGGCUCCCAUGGGGGCUUCCUGGCAUGCCACCUCCUCGGCCAGUUCCCUGACACCUACCGCGCCUGUGUUGUCCGCAACCCCGUGGUGAACAUUGCCUCCAUGGUGGCCACCACUGACAUCCCUGACUGGUGCCUGACGGAGACGGGACUGCCCUACGUGCCUGAUGCCCUGCCAGACCCUGCCCAGUGGACAGAGAUGCUGCGCAAGUCGCCCAUGCGCUACGUCGAUCAGGUCCGUGCACCUGUGCUGCUGAUGCUGGGGGAGGACGACCGGCGUGUGCCCCCCAAGCAGGGGCUGGAGUAUUACCGUGCCCUCAAAGCCCGGGGGGUCCCCACACGGCUGCUCUGGUACCCAGGGAACAACCACGCCCUGGCCGGUGUCGAGGCCGAAGCUGACGGCUUCAUGAACAUGGCACUGUGGCUGCUCAAGCACCUGCAGUGCUAACAGCCCCCCGCUGCUGCCUCCCCCCAAUAAACAGCAUAGCUCAGCA